AUGGAAACGGAUACGUUGAAACAAGGCCAACGGCUCCAUGACUGGGAGCUUCUGAACUCAACGGGUGGAGUGUUCAGGUUAGGAUUUUUAAGCCUGGAGUCUGAUUCUGCCCUGUUGGGCACCUUUGCUUCUCGCUAUAUAGGAAUAUGGUUCAACAGAAUACCCAUUUAUCCUGUGUGGGUUGUCAAUCCGAACGAUCCAAUUCCAGAUUCCUCUGGUGCUUUAAUAAUGGAUACCGAUGGCAUUUUGAAGAUUGCAUACGCCCCUCCCAUCGCUUUAAGUUCCAAUCAAGCAAUCAGAACUUCAGAGAAAAACAUCACAGCCACGCUACUAGACUCUGGAAACUUAGUCAUCAGAGAGGUUCAUUCUGACAGAAUGGCAGGACCAAUUUUAUGGCAGAGGGCCUUCAAACUCGGUCUAGAUCCUAAUGGCUCCAGCCAAUUGACGGUGUGGAGGCGAGGAGAAGUAUAUUGGAGAAGUGGGGCGUGGAAAAAUGGGAGCUUCGAGUUGGCAACUCAGAUAACGAAGAGAAUUAAUGAGUAUGAGUUCAGGUUUGUAAAAAAUGAGAAUGAAAGUUAUUUCGCUUAUUCUGUUAAAAACAAAUCAGCUGUUUUGUCAAGGUGGGAGUUGGAGUCUUCGGGCGAAAUUACACAGUUCACUUUGGAUAGCCAUUCUGGUGAUGUUCAUUGGAUAUUUGAAACUACUAGUCCAUGCAACACUGUUGCCAAAAAUUCUACUGCUGUUUGCUUAAACGAAAAGUCCUUAAAGUGCAGGAAAGCUUCAGCAGGGUAUGUGGUGGGCAAUAAUGCAAGUUUAGCUCUGAGUGAUUGCCACGCGGCGUGCUGA